AUGCUCCGGGCGGAGCAAUAUCAGUACCAGCCGCUGCCAACCCGCACUUCCAUCCGUCUGCUGCGCAUCAGCUCCCGCGACAAGUUCAACCAGCUGGAAUGCACGCUGAAGACGGUCGACCUGGACGCUGCGCCGUCCUUCCAUGCCAUAUCGUAUACGUGGGGGAACCCGCAUGCGAGAGCCCGCGACGGCCAUCGGUUCACACAGCAUUACAAUGCCCUGGCGGCGGAGUACUUGUUCCCCAGCGCAGGUGUGCCGGUUAAGUGUGACGGGAAGAGACUGCUGGUCAGCCGCAACCUGUACGAUGCGCUGCGAGAUGUGCCGCAAGAUGCGUGGAAGACGUUUAUCAACCGCCGUAACGAGAGCAAGGGCUGGACAAGGCUGCAUACGCACUCGAUCAAUGGAGACGCUAGGAGGGUGAGGUCCCUGAUUGCAUCGGGCGCUGAGCUCAAUACAAGGGACCGCGAAGGGAUGACGGCGCUUGUCUGGGCGGUACGACUGCGCAGGGGGGAGGUUGUCCGGCUGCUUGUCGAGGCGGGCGCGAGACUUGAUAUUCCCGACUAUGAACGCAAGACGGCACUAGAUUACGCGCGAGAGAUCGCUGACGAGGAGAUCCUGAGCUGCUUAACAGCUGAAACGGCCCUGGAUGGCUGCCAGCAGGCAGAUGAACAGCAGGAUGGUGGACCGGAGGUCUGGCUGUGGGUUGACCAGGUCUGUAUCAACCAGGCUGACCCGGAAGAACGCUCCUCGCAAGUUGAUCUUAUGCAUAGGAUAUACCAGGAGGCCGCCUUUACGCUUCUAUGGCUCGGCAGAGAGGACGGAUACACGAAGCGGGCGGCCCAUUUGAUACCCAGGUUUGCCAGGGCCGGCAACCAGUUCAUUGAAAGCACCAUCAUACCGUAUACUCAGAAUAGCCAGGAACUUCAUACGAAUGAAGGCAUACCGUACGUAUCCGAAGGGGAAUGGGACGCCCUAGCUGCCUUGUUCCAGAGACAGUACUUCCGACGCCUAUGGAUAGUGCAGGAAAUCAUCCUGUCUGGCAUCGUAGUGGCAUACUGCGGCGGAGUCGAGAUACCCUGGAGGCUUUUCUGUAUCACUGCGGAGAUGCUGCACUACCGUCAACUGAAGCUGGGUGCUGAGAUGUCAGCAAAGUACGUACCCCUUGGUGAAGGGGGGCGCGGCAUCGAGCAGCCAGUUGUCCAGCUGCUGCAGUGGCAGGAUAGGUUUGCAUCCAAUCGUCCCGGAGAUAAACCUAGAACGGUCUCGUUGGAGAAUCUAGUCUUUGAUACAUGGCAUUUCCUUGCGACGGAUCCGAGAGACAAGAUAUACGGGGUAUAUGGCCUGUUGAACAAGAAGGCCCUGGCGGAUGGGCAGUCAAGAGAUACAGAAAAGCCUAUUUGGCAGGCAGACUAUACGAAACCUGUUGAGCAGGUGUACGCAGAAGCCACGAAACAAAUCAUACUCGACGCUGGUGAGCUCCGAAUCCUCUCUGCUGUGCUUGAUCAUUCCUGGCGUAACAUUGAAUCUCUUCCUUCAUGGACGCCAGAUUACAGUGUGACAUGGACGAAUAUGAUGUCUGCAUAUUCAAAUGCUGCUGGUAAUCUGCCAGUUCCCAGUCCAUUGAUCGAAAAAUCAGACAAUUGGGACACCUUGACUAUCCAGGGGCUUCCUAUAGAUACCGUGCUGGCUAUUGGAAACACAACCUCAGGUCCUGGAGACCUGAAGCGCUUCUUUGACCCAUCAUGGUUGGAAUUGACGCUCCUUAUACCGUCGUCAUACCACCAUACAGGUCAUCAGCGGUCAGAGGUCCUAUGGAGAACUCUCUGCGCCAACAAGGGGCCUGACGGACGGCAGCCAGCCCCGCAAUCGUUCAGCUCUGAAUUCAGCGAGAUGAUAGGGACAAUGCUAGUCAGGGAAGCAUGGGUCGAAGAAGGCAAUGCUGGUGCAAAUCCCGAGCUGAAUCUCGCUCCUAGCCUCGGGCAUGGCAUCGGGCGGGUUCUUGACAUGUUCUCCGAUCCACCGCUGGCUGGGCUAUCGACGGCGGAUCUAGAACAAGAAUUCAAUGAGCCUUCUAGAAACCUCAGUUCGCAGGAUACUCAGAAACUGGUAUAUACUCUUUUGAAAGCUCAUGUGCUGGCACUGACGGAGGCUGAGGAAACCUGUUGUAUUCCGCCUAUCAAUGUCCUUCUUGACUUGGAGGAGAAGCUGGCAGCUGAAAGUGAGGAUCCGUCUGUUGGCCUUCUAGAACGGCUUCGACAAGGGGGAACGUUGGUAAGGACCUUGCAGAGCACAGUGGGGAGAAGGAGACUGUUUGCCACGAAGAACCGGUACCUUGGGCUAGGGCCGGCUGGCAUGGAGGCUGGCGACGAGGUAUGGGUUAUACCAGGGGCUGGGGCGGCCUUUGUGCUGAGAAAAUCAGUAGACGAAGCUGGUGAUGGUUGUUCCAAAUACAAGUUCAUCGGGGAGUCAUAUAUACACGGCGUAAUGGACGGUGAAGCAGCUGCAGGAAAGGAUGAUAUGAAAAGGAUCUCGUUGGUAUAG